UUAACACUGAAUAAAACAUCAUUCAUGUCUGAUCUGAUCUGAUGUUAAUCUCACGGUUCAGAUUCAGUCAGAGUCUGAAACUGGACCAACAGGUCUGAGGAAGGAGGAAACUGAAGCUCCUCCUCUUUCCUCUGAACUGAAGUCCUGAAGGAGGUUUUGAAGCCUUAGUCAGUUCAGGAAGAAGCUGAUUGAAGGGGACUUUGUUGGAGUUUUUCCAGGAAGAUGAAGAUGUUGGUGGUGUUUGUGAUCCUCCUGCACGUGUCCCAGCAUGCCUCAGCUGUGGAGGUGGUGGAGGGGGACCACUUUGUCCUGCUGCCCUGUGAGUUUCCCACCUUUGAACUGAUGGAGCCCACAGUGGUGUGGAGCCGCUCCGACCUCAGACCUUCAACCGUCCACCAGCGUCAGCUGGAAGGUGAUGAACUGACAGAGCAGAACCAGCGUUACAGCGGCCGAACGUCCAUGAAGACUGACGCUCUGGACACUGGAGACCUCAGCCUCAACCUGACAAACCUCCAGCUCUCUGACAGCGCCACCUACACCUGCUCCGUCAGAGAGUUUGGACGACAGUGGGGACGGUCAGAGGUACAGCUGCAGGUCAAAGAACGAUUUCCAUCCUGGGCCAUAGUCCUCCUGGGUCUCCUGGUUGUUGCUCUUAUUGUUGCUGUGGGUCUUCUGGUACAUUUCCGACACUAUUUCAUGUCAGUCUACAAGGUGGACGUGGAUUCAGGGGUGGAGUCUGUCCAGCUGCCCUGCAGAACCAUAGUUCACCUGUUUAAAGACGUCAGAGUGGAGUGGACGAACAGUUACAGUAAAGUCCAUGUGUAUGAGAACGGCUCUGACCGACCUCAAGAACAGGACCCAUAUUACAGAGGCCGAACAGAGAUGAAGAAAGACCUGCUGAGAACUGGAGACCUCAGUCUGACCCUGAAAAAACCCACAGAUGGAGACACAGACACCUACACCUGCACCGUCUACAGCAGGGAGGGAAACAUCCUGAUGAAGAAACAAGUGGAGCUAAAGGUCAAAGACUGUCACGUGGAGGUGGAUUCAGGGGUGGAGUCUGUCCAGCUGCCCUUCAAAACCACAGGUGACCUGCCUCAAGACGUCAGAGUGGAGUGGAGGACCAGUUACACUAACAGGAAGGUCCAUGUGUAUCAGAACGGCUCUGACCGACCUGAGGAACAGGAAGAUGAUUACAGAGACCGAACAGAGAUGAAUGAAGACCUGCUGAGAACUGGAGACCUCAGUCUGACCCUGAAACACCCCACAGACAGAGACAUAGGAAGAUACAGCUGUGAAGUCUACAACAAGGAGAUCAGGAGAAGGAAAACAGUGGUGAUUAAAAUCCAAGUCCAACAGGUGGAGGUGGAUUCAGGGGUGGAGUCUGUCCAGCUGCCCUUCAAAACCACAGGUGACCUGCCUCAAGACGUCAGAGUAGAGUGGAGGACCAGAUACACUAACAGGAAGGUCCAUGUGUAUCAGAACGGCUCUGACCGACCUGAGGAACAGGAAGAUGAUUACAGAGACCGAACAGAGAUGAAUGAAGACCUGCUGAGAACUGGAGACCUCAGUCUGACCCUGAAACACCCCACAGACAGAGACAUAGGAAGAUACAGCUGUGAAGUCUACAACAAGGAGAUCAGGAGAAGGAAAACAGUGGUGAUUAAAAUCCAAGUCCAACAGGUGGAGGUGGAUUCAGGGGUGGAGUCUGUCCAGCUGCCCUUCAGAACCACAGGUGACCUGCCUCAAGACGUCAGAGUGGAGUGGAUGGACAGAGACAACAGGAAGGUCAAUUUUUAUCAGAACGGCUCUGAUCAACCUGAAGAGCAGGACCAGGUUUACAGAGACCGAACAGAGAUGAAGAAAGACCUGCUGAGAACUGGAGACCUCAGUCUGACCCUGAAACACCCCAAAGCCACAGACACAGGAAGAUACAGCUGUGAAGUUUAUAGCAGUGAGAAAAAAAUUCAGAGAGGGAAAACAGUGCAGCUCAAAGUGAAAGAGAGAACUCAGGUCAAAGAUGAAACAGUCGACAUCAGGAACAGAAGCAGCUCCACUGAUCCAACUCCUCUGAUGGCUGAUCAAUCAGUUUGAUCGGUCUUUGAUCAGUCUUUGAUUAUUGAUCUGAUCUGAUUGUGGAUCAGACUGGGUCUUGGAGGUUCAGGACCAGCAUGAGUCCAGGAGCUGACUGAGUACUGAGCUGCUGUCUUAGUGAAUCAGACAGAACAGACACAGACUGUGGUCACACACUCAGUGAAAAAGGAAACUGUCUUAGUGUCCAUGAAGGUGACGUCUGUGUUAGAUCCUCUGAACUCUGACAGACUCUUUAUGAAGUAUUUUCCCAACAGAAACCUGAGCAGUCGUUGUGUGUGUGUGUGUGUGUGUGUGUGUGUGUGUGUGUGUGUGACUUCAUAUGGAAAAUGAAGAUUUUUAUUUUUUAUAUCAUCAAAGUCCAGGGUGUCUUUAGUGAUUAAUGAUAUUAUUAGGAAUUAUUGUUGUAUACAUCUGGAGGUCAAUAAAUUCAGGCACUUUAUAAAUAA